ACAACUUGAAACUAAAACAACUACAUCUAAAACAAAAUGGCGGUCGCUAUUAGGGGAAUGGGAGGCGGGCCCUGGGAUAAGCUAAUGGAGCGAUUCAAGGAACAAAAACGUAACGAAAAUAUUAGAUCGUUGCCUAAAAUCAGUCAGGAUGAUCAGGGACUGUUGGGUGGCUGUAAUGAGGAAGGACUGGCCAGGCGGGGGUCGGAUCUGGAUCUGGAUGGCGGUCCCAGUGCUCAGCGUACAAAAUUUGAACCCCUACACCAUAGGCAUGAACUGUGCGAAAGGGUUACCAUCAAUGUGUCGGGACUGGUAUUUGAGACACAGUUACGUACAUUGCAACAGUUUCCCAGUACAUUGUUAGGCGAUCCGGCCAAACGUAUUAGGUAUUACGAUCCGCAUACUAAUGAAUAUUUUUUUGACCGAAAUCGGGCCGUAUUUGAAGCCAUACUAUACUAUUAUCAAUCGGGUGGCCGACUGAGGAGGCCGGUCAACGUACCGCUGGACAUAUUUGUCGAGGAGGUCAAGUUUUUUGAGCUAGGUGAAGCAGCCUUCAAUAAGUUUAGGGAGGACGAGGGGUUUAUCAAAGAAAAAGAAAAACCAUUGCCUAAAAACGAAAUGAAACGUAAGGUAUGGCUACUAUUUGAAUAUCCGGAAUCAUCGCAAGCCGCCCGUGUUGUGGCCAUCAUAAGCGUUGUGAUCAUUAUACUGUCGAUAUUGAUUUUCUGUUUGGAAACACUGCCAGAAUUCAAACAUUAUAAAAUAUUUAACAUAACAGCCAACCUGUCCCGUGUAGUCGAGGAUGAGGUACCGUCGAUAACCGAACCGUUUUUCAUAGUCGAAACCGUAUGUAUUAUAUGGUUUUCCGUUGAAAUUAUCAUACGUUUCCUAUCGUGUCCAUCGCAGAUAGCUUUCCUAAAGGACAUUAUGAAUGCCAUUGACUUUUUUGCAAUCGUACCCUAUUUUGUAACACUGGCCACAAUGUUGGCCGAAAAACCCGAAGACGAACCCCGAUUUCAUUCGGCUUCCGACUCCAAGUCCUCUCAAUCGUCAUCGUUGGCAAUCCUGCGGGUCAUCCGAUUGGUUCGUGUCUUCCGUAUAUUCAAACUAAGCCGUCACUCGAAAGGCCUACAAAUAUUGGGUAUGACUUUGAAGGCAUCGAUGAAAGAGCUGGCGCUUCUCAUAUUUUUCCUGUUGAUCGGUGUCGUCCUGUUUUCAUCGGCCGUAUACUAUGCCGAAGCCGACAGCGACCGAUCAAACUUUAAGUCCAUACCCGAUGCGUUUUGGUGGGCCGUAGUAACGAUGACUACCGUAGGUUACGGUGAUAUGCGACCGGUUGGGGUAUGGGGCAAAUUUGUUGGAUCCCUGUGCGCCAUAGCCGGGGUACUGACCAUUGCACUGCCGGUGCCGGUAAUUGUGUCGAAUUUCAACUACUUUUAUCAUCGGGAGACGGAUCAGGAGGACCUGCAGUCGACUAAUUUCAAUCACGUAAAGUCGUGUCCAUAUUUACCCGGUUAUGUCGGGUCCAGUAAGUUGAGGAGGAGUUCCUACAGUGACUCCUAUAUUAGCCGCAGUGACGAUGAAAUCAAAGAUAUGGACAACAAUACUAAAGACAAUGACGAUGAAGACAAUGAUGAGGACGAGGAGGUAGACAGUACUACCGGUGCCGCCAAUAGACUACGUAAUCCAAGUACGGCUACUAAUCGCCGUGAGUUUACUACUAAUGAUGGACAUCAAGUAGUAGCAGCACCUCCUGGAGGUACGGCCAGUGGUGAUAUGGGCCGCCAGUUAGGCCAUUAUACUGUGAAUAUUAUAGACAAUCCUAAUAGUAAUAGUUAUACUAAUAAUAAUCCUAAUAAUAAUAAUAGUAAUAAUGACAGUUUUGACGAUCACUUUCGGCAUUACAUGCCGGUGCCCACCAGUGAGCCGACUACUACUACUACUACAUGUGCUGCUGACCUUCCAGUGCUCCAGGAAGUAGUUAUGAGCGGUACCAGUAGUAUAGGCAGUAGUGCUGCUGGACAUCCAUAUAACCGACCCAUAGGUGGUGGUCAACAACCACCACAUCAGCAGCCAAUGCAACGACAGGGCAGUCGUCAUAGGCAUCGGCACAAAACCGGUGGCUCAGGUAGUCAGCCGAGUAGUCCAACCGGCUGUACUACAACACCGCCGCCCAGACUAUCCGUAACACUAUCGCCGGACACUUCGCCGACUGCCGGCGAUAAUAACAAUAAACGACUAAACUGUCGGUCAAGUAGUCCACGACCGUCGACGGGCGGAGAUUCGCCGCGAACGCCGUCGACGCCAACCACACCUACCAGUGCUGGCAUCGGUAGUGGUGGCGGAGGCAGUGGUCGAUCGUCUCCAUGUCCGCCACAGCGGGCACCGGGCGGUCGGAAAAUGUCCCAAAAAAUCAAUUCAAGAGCCAAACAUACAAUGAUUAAUGUUAUUGCAGUUAUGUUUCAUCUGUUUGUUUGA